AUGGAGAAUUUACUAAAGGUUAAAAGUAUUGUUUCCAAUAUAGCAAAUUGUCUUCGACCGGAAGAUUAUGUAAGAUUCAAAACUGUCAAUAAGCAAGUUUAUUAUGAACAUUUAGAUGAAGAAUUUGAACAAGAGUAUUUUUCACUUAGAUUAACUCUUAUGGGUUUAAUAGUAACGGUUGAGAAAAAUAAUGGCACAUAUGCUUUGAUAGAUAGCAAUGACUUAAAAACUUUAACCCCUGUAAAUACAUUCAAUAAAUUAACUAGUUGUGAUAUACAUAAUGCCAAAAAUUGUUUUAUCCAAGUAUAUAAAGUAUUUUCCAUAUAUUGUGAUAAAUUGUAUAAUAAUAGCUUAACCAACUUCUUUCCACCACCAUUUGAUACCGAUCCUGUGGUUCAAAGUGAAAUACUUUCAAAUAUAAAAAAAUUUAAUAAAUGUAACAUUAUCGAUCCUAGUUAUUACCAAGAAACAGUUACAAAUUUUAAUAUUCUUAAGGAAUUGUUUGUCAAUUCAUGUCUGAAUGAAAUGGAAAAUAAUUUUAAUGCUCAUAACUAUGAUGUGGUAGGUAAAUUCAUUAGAAUAUUAUUACAAACAGAUGAACAAAAUAUUUCAAUAGAUUUUUUUAAUUCAAAGAUUGAAUAUCCUAAAUUAACAGUUAACGACAUUCAGCUUACUGUUGAAAAUAUACCUAAAAUAUGGGCACCAUUAAAACAACAUCUUAAGGAAACAAUAGAAAUGAUUGAUAUUUUCUUUGAAGAUAAAUAUUCAAUGGUCCCCAUUUUCUAUGAAAAUUUUGUUCAACAGACAAUUUUAGAGGGUAUUAAUGAGUUACUAGAACUAUCAGAUUCAAAUCAAAACAAUGAUACGGAAUUUCUGACUUUUUUCCCAAGUGUGUAUUUUGAAUGUGUUAAAGCAUGUUGUAUUGAAUUACCUGAUUCAAUUAAUGGUUCAAUGAAUUUACCAAAGGGAAAAACAUAUCAACAAUCACUUAAUGAAUUAUUAAACAUUUAUUUAGAACCAUAUGUGGUAAGAUAUUUGAAUCUAUCUACUGGCCAAUUUGAAAAAGAUUUAGAAAGACAAUUUAAAAAUUUUAAGAUCGAACAAGAAAAUAAAAUAGAAACAGAUUUAUUAAAUAUGACCACUAAGGAGCAAACUGAUAGUGAGGAUCAAAGUAUGGAAUCACUUAAAAAGAAUGAUUCGGAGAAUAAGAUAAAUUUUUUAGAGUCAUUUACAAAAGUUUUUAGAAUUACUAACACUAAAAAGGAAGAUAAUGAAGAAAAGCUAAACGAUAAUUUGAUAAAUCUGAUGAAUACAAAUUUACAAAAUAUUAAAAAGUUAAUUAACCUUGAAUUAUGUUAUAAUAUAGUCCAACAAGCCCACAAUAAAGUAGAUACAAUUCUCAGUUUUCAGUGUAUUCCACAAUUAGGACCUUUGAUAAAUGCAAAAUGUGAAGAAAUUUUCAAGAUAUUAAUAACAGUAAUGAAUAGAAAUCAUGUAACACCUGCCUUUGAAAAGGCCAUAGAUUUAUUAGAUGAAUAUGAUAUUACUGAUCAAAAUACAUUUGAUACAGAGAAUAUAGAGCAAUCAGUAAAACCAUUGAUAAAUUUUGCCGAAUUGAUUAAUAUUGGUGAUAUCAUCUUACAAAUGAUAUCAAUUUUUUUCAAUAAUGUAAUGGUCAAGAAACAAAUUAUUGACAACAAAAAUUCUAAUAAAAAGAAUAUAUGGCAAAAUCAAGUAUUACAAACAAAGAAAAAUUUUGAGACGACAUUGGACAAUUUUGUAGCUGACGGUUUGAAUAUUGGUAUCAAUAAAUUACUUGAACAGAUAAAGCUUGUCUUCAACACUUCACAACUACCAACAGAUUAUUAUCCACCACCAAAUGACCCUCCAAGGGAUACAAUUCCUACUAAAUGUGCGAAGAUGAUCAUAGAAAUAUUAUCUAAUCAUUGUUUCCUAUUGACAGGGGCUACCGACAAGGGAACUAUAGAUGUUUAUCAACAGGAGAUAGGCAGACGAUUUUUCAUUGUUUUAGUGGAGCAUAUUAAAAGACAAAUAAUAUCCACUAAAGGUGCCAUUCAACUGAUAUGUGAUGUCAAUUACUAUUAUGAUUUCAUCAACAAUAGACUAAAACAAAAGAAUGUUGUACCGUAUUUUCAAGGAUUAAAAAACAUCUGUUCACUGUAUUUGAUAGACUCCAAAGAUUCAAAAGAAUUGGGUAAACUGAUCUGUGAUUUAGGUAAAUUCCAGGGAAUAUUCACACAAGAAGAGAUCUAUGAAUUUGUUCAAAGAAGACAAGAUUGGAUUGCUGUUAAGAGAGAAGUCCAAAAAGUUAUGUACGGCUUUGGUGUAAAAGAUUGUGUUAUUAUGUAA